GGGAACCAACGCCACAGACCAUCCACUGACAGACAAUUCACCACGUUGUCGUCGGUUGACUGCUGGACUAAUGGAGCCGAUGGAAAAAAAACAUUCGAAUGUUGACGUGAAGACGAUAAAUGUUCGCGUGCUGCUGCUUUUUCGGCGAAUGGCGGCAGUCGUCGCAACGACAUUUACGCUUUACGGCACCGGAAGUGAUUGUGCCGUAAAUCGGGUCGGUGCAUCAGAACGCAUGGGCUCUCUCCGCGGUGACAUCGUGUGUGUGUUUUAGCUUCUGACAUGAUGGAGGCCAAAUCCAAGAAACCCUUUUCUCCUAAAGUCGGGAAGAAGCCGAGGCUCACGCCGAAAGGAAAAGAAUCCAUCGGGACCAAACUCGGCGGGAAGCCCGGCGGCAAGAAGCCCUUCAAACCGUACAACAACACAGAGAGGAAGGGCAGACCGGGGAAGGGCAAAGAUGGCGGCAAGAAGGAACACAAAUUCCCUUUCUCCAAACCCGGGAUGGGGCCGAAGAAGAGGAAAGGCGAAGAGGAAGGUGAAGGUCCGGGGGCCAAGAGGAUGAAGAAGGGCGAGUUCAAACCGAAGAAGGAGAUGACGAAGGAGGAGCUGAAGCAGAACCGGCAGCAGAUGAAGAAGGACCUGAAGAAGAGUCGGCAGCAGGCGGAGAGGAAGGACAUGUUCCAGAUCAUCUGUCAGUCCAAACAGAUGUGGGGAGACAUCAGGAGGAAGAAUUGUGACGACGACUUGAAGAAGAAACUCAUGAAGCAGCUUCACGAUCUGAUCCGAGGGAAAACCAAACAGAUGGCGUUUGCUCACGACUCGGUGCGAGUGCUGCAGUGUUUCAUCCAGUUCGGCAGCCACGAGCAGAGACAGGAAGUGUUCGGUGAACUCAAAGACGACGUCAUCGGUUUGUGUAAGUCCCAGUACGGGAAACACGUGGUGAAGAAGAUGCUGAUGUACGGGAACAAGGAGCUGGUGGCGGGCGUGAUGCAGGCGUUCAAGGGUCACGUGCGGCCGAUGCUCCGCCACGCCGCCGCCUCCUCCAUCAUCGAGUACGCCUACAACGACAAGGCCGUGCUCGCGCAGAGACUCAUGCUCACCGAGGAGCUGUACGGCAACACGUUCACCAUCUGCAAGUCAACGGUGUGUAACACCAUCGAGAAAGUCGCGGAGACGAACCCGGAGAAGCUGAACGGGAUCAUCGACGAGAUGAAGCAGAUUCUCACUCCCAUGGCCCAGAAAGAACAGGUGAUCAAACACUCUCUGGUCCACAAAGUCUUCCUGGACUUCUUCCUGUUCACACCUGACAAACAGAGAACGGAGAUGAUCGAGUCCAUCAGAGAGUCGGUCGUCUACAUGGCUCACACACACGAUGGAGCGCGAGUGGCGAUGCACUGUCUGUGGCACGGGACGGCCAAGGACAGAAAAGUCAUCAUCAAGACCAUGAAGACGUACAUGGUGAAGUUCGCCACGGGGGAGUUCGGUCACCUGGUUCUUCUCGCCAUGUUCGACUGUGUGGACGACACCAAGCUCGUCAAACAGGCCGUUCUCUCGGAGAUCCUGUCGUCUCUGGACGAGGUCAUGGGUAACAAGUACGGUAAGAAGGUUCUCUUGUACCUGCUGAGCCCCAGAGACCCGGCGCACCUGCUGCCUGAGAUCAUCAAGGUGCUGGAGCGGGGAGACGGGAACGCUCACAGUAAGAAGGACGCGGCGCUGCGGAGGAAGGAGCUGCUGGAGGUCGUGUCGCCGCCGCUGCUCGAGCAUCUCCGCGACAACGCCGGCACCAUGGUGAUAGACAAGGCCACCUGCGUCACCGUCAGCGACAUCCUGGCGUCUGCCUGCGGCGACCUGCGGCCUGCCAUGACGGCCGUGGCCCAGAUGGCCAAUCAGGAGCUGGUGCCGGGCGGCACCAAGGGAACGCUCCACAUGGCCGAACAUCCAGCCGGUCACCUGGUGCUGAAGUGGCUCAUAGAGCAGGACGCCGCUCUGGCAGAGGCGGGGAAGGAAGAGCGGUUUGCCAGGAUCCUGUUGGACACGGUGGGAACAGACAAGAUGAAGAGUUGGGUCAAAGUCAACAGAGGAGCCAUGAUUCUGUGCAGCCUCCUGAGCAGCUGUGACGAGUCCGUGUCCACGGAGGUGAAGGCGGCGCUGAAGUCCAUCACAUCGGAGCUCAGCAGCAUCAGCAACAACAAAGGAGCUGAAAUCCUCCUGGAGAAACUGAACAAGUAGAGACUUCAGACGAACGGCUCACGUUAAAAAAAACACCUCACUUCCUGUUCAGCCGACGGCCACAAAGACUGAGUGUGUGUGUGUGUGUGUGUCGCCGCCAGUGGGAACGUUUUCAGGAAGUGGACAGAGUUCUGGUUCAUCGUGUUUGUGAAUAAUGAAAUUUGAAUGUUUGGAGAGAGUCCUUCUGUCCCACGAAAAACUCUGCUCCUGAAGAGACCGGAACACGACAGAGGCCGGUUCAAGACGCAAAACAUGAGAUUACAAGAAUAUGGUCAAAUUACGACUUUGUUCUCGAAAUUUCAUAUUUAGUAAAUUAGAACUAGUUAAUCUGUAAAUGGCCAGGUUAUAGACAUUUUAAUGUGACAGUUUAAACAACUGGUAAUUGUCAAAUAAUUCACGAACACAAUUCCAACUAUGACAAAUAAAAGCAACUGCUUCCUGUCCAGUUAAUCUGAUCCAUCCUCAGUUUAGUUUUGUUUCUUUGUAACGUUUUGUACUUUGAGUGAUCAUUGUUUCAGCCGAAAAGAAAACCUUGUUUGCAAAAUAAAGAUUAUUGAUUCCUUAA